AUGGAUACCUCAUUGACUACAAACAAGGACAGGGGCGGAGAUAGUUCACCAGGUGGUUCACCCAUCGUACUAAAUAGCAGCCAAACACGUUACCAUGUGGUCCGAGCAGCGGCUGUGAAGCGUGGUUGGCUGCUUGAGGAAAAAGAAGGCUGCCGCGAUAACAUUCCUGAGUUCUUUCACGGUGUGCCGCUACAUGCGGCCCAUGUGUCUGAAUCUCUCCCAGACCGGUUGGACCCAUUUGUCCAUGCGACGAACUCUACACUGCAGGUACUGUGGGUUGACAAGAGCAUUAGUCACCAGCGCGUAGCCGCUCUCAGACCCCAUCAGCGACUUAAUCACUUCGUGGGUAUGAACUGCAUUGCUCGCAAGACAACUCUUUUUAAGCGUCUAAUGUGUAUCUUGGAUCUAUGUGUGGUGACUAAUCCACCAGAAAGAGGAGAACACUUCAUGUCGCUGCUAGAUACCAUGAAGUGGUUCUACCCACCAAGCUUCGUCGCCGGCAUGGGUCUUUCUGCGCUCGCAGCACGUGCCCGCCGUGGCGUUAAUUUUCGUGAAGCAGAUAGCCCAAAUGUAUUUUAUAUCAUCAAGCCAAAUAAAGGUUGUCAAGGCAAAGGCAUCCUCAUCACGCAGCAUCCAUCGGAAGUCCUCAGUGAGCAGGGACGUGCGAGCAUGGAUGAGGAGUUCCUCGUGCAAGAAUACAUAGAUAGACCCCUAUGCAUCCAUAGACACAAGUUUGAUAUCCGUCUUUACGUUCUUAUCACAUCUAUCUCAGCCCCUACGCGGUCACGACUGCGUCGCGACGGAGGAGGCAACAACGCAAACGACACCCUCACGUCUAUGCGAUAUGCAGCAUCUAAGACGCUUCCCCCAGAACUGGAGGGCGUCCACGUGUUUGUUCAUCGCAGAGGGCUGGUUCGUAUCUGUGCAGACGCCUACCAACGGCCCGCGGACGACAAUGUGGGCUGCCGGAGCGUACACUUGACCAACUACGCAGUCAAUAAACACUCCAAGAAGUACACAGUAGGCGAGUGUCCACUGGCUGGCCUUGCUACGGAUAGCAGUGGAGCGAUAGGUCAAGCCGAUACCGCGCCGCGAGACCGGGCGGAAAGCGAAACCUCGAUGUACGGCGGCAAUAAACGCGACCUGAGCUUUUUGGAGAUGUUCCUCAAUUCCCUUUCAGACCGCUCUAGCGGAAUAAAUGGGAACAUAGGUGGUUUUCGAGAUGAUCAGUCAUAUGAGGGAUUGCUUUGGACUCGAGUGAAGCGCCGCAUCGACGAGUGCAUUGUGUUGACCGUUCUUUCCGGCCUUCCGGUGUUACGACGCGAGCUCGCUGGUGCUGCUGCAAUGAGCGGAAGUCAAGGGGACUAUAAGCGCAAUUGCUUCGAGCUGUUAGGCUUUGACAUCCUCCUAAGGGAAGAUAAUCUUGAGCCCGUACUGAUGGAAGUGAACCACUCCCCUUCACUUUUCUGUGACACAAGCUUUGACUUUAGCGUAAAAUGUGAGGUAGUUUCAGAUAUAUUCUCGCUGCUUGAAACCCGCAUCACGCCGCUUGAAGUGCAACAAUACAGAAACGGUAUCAAGUACUCUUUGAGCAAAAGACGCUACAAUCAAGGCAACCCCAAGCCGAAGUACCCUACGCAAUGUGAAAUCGAUGUGCAGCCAGAAGAGCAGUUAGUGCGUAGUGGUUCGGUAGGGUUUGUGCAGCUGCUUCCACAACGUGUGCCGUGCGGGGGUUGGACCGAGGAAGAGAGGCAGCGCCAGUCUGCAAUGGUCCUUCUCGCGAAUGGACUGCCCUGA